GUCGCCAGCACUAAAUUGAAGUUCGGAAGUCUGGACUUCCGACUUUCGAACUUACUUCCUAAGUUUUUUGACAUUUGGGUUUGACAGUUGAACCUUAAUGAUAAUUGUGUUUACUGACAAGAGUGAUAGGUAAAUUAAUGAAAACUUGGUGAUUUUUGGAUUCGAAAUUACUGAAAUUUGGAUUACUUGCAGUGACAUUGUGAAACUUGUGUGAUACCAAUGGCCAAUAUAAUUAUUCAAACAAUCCGUCAUCAACAUGCCUCGCCAAAUACUGUUUAUCAUGCGCUAUAUGAGUACUAUUUUUUGGGAAUUCCCAAGAAGGAGCUUGCCCGAAUCUAUGGAAAAUCGGAAUCUACUAUCGGUUACUGGAUCACCAUAUACGAAGAAAACGGAGUCUAUAAACGGAAACAGCGAAAGCUGGUGUACAAGAAAUUCAGUGCUACAAUGAGAGAAUGGCUUGUGGAUCUUUAUCGCCGCGAACCUGUUCUGUUUCUUGAUGAGGUCAGACAGAAAUUCUAUAAACGGUUUUUCAUAGCCAUCAGCGUGUCUUCUAUUUGUUUAAUUUUACACGGAUCAGGAAUGACAUGGAAGUGUAUUGAGCGAAGGGCCAUGCAGAUCCGAGACGAUGAAAUCACAAGGUUUGUUCGCGAACUGUUGUCAGUUCCCUGGGAUCGUAGCAAUCUCGUGUUUUUGGAUGAGGUCAGCUUCGACAAUCGCGAUAUGUUACGCAGAAAGGGGUAUGGCAUAGUGGGACAAAAGAUUCUAUAUCGCGGCGAGUUUUGUAGAAAACCAAGAGUGUCGUUUUUAUGCUUUCUUGGAGUAGGAGGAAUGCUGGACAGCUUCUGGACGGAUGGUAUUUUCAAUCGAAGAAACUUCUUUGAGUGCUGUCGGAAAUUCGCGUUGACAAAUAGGGAAGUUCAGAAAUACCCAGGGUUCUAUUCUGUCUGGAUACUAGAUGGGGCGCGAAUUCAUUGUGAUAUGAACAUCAUACGGUAUCUGAGAUCAAUCGGUAUUAUUCCAAUCUUCUUGCCACCAUAUUGCCCUUUUUUCAACCCCACUGAAAUAGUUUUCGGCCUGGUCAAACGAGAUUUAAAGAAGCAACACGUUGAAGGAUCUCCCAUUUUACGUUUGUGAGACCAUUGCUCG